AUGCCUGUUACCAGAAGUAACGAGGAUUUGGCAGGGGCAGAUAACUUUGUAUUUCCUGAUGGUGUAGAAUUGAUUGGUGAUCAGGUUACAGAGAGGGCUGGCGUUAGUACCAGGUCACAAACCAGGCGGAAUGAGAGACAGGGCCGAAGUCUAAGUAGAAGCAUUAAUAGACGGGAAUCGCUCAAUGUAGGAGAACAGCAAGUAAGAAAUAUUGUGACAUCGUCCUUGAAUGAAUUCCGGUCGGAAAUCACAACGAUUAUUUCAAAUGAAUUAGGCAAUACACUGAGAAAUAUGAAUUUAGAAACGAAUUCAGAUAAUAGACGUCAGAAUCAGACGGGGGCACUAUUGGCUCAUACUCACGUGCAGACGCAAAAUUCCGAGAAGACGGUAAAUAUUAUAAGGAAUUGGCGUCUGAUCUAUUCCGGCAGUGACAAGGAUAUUCCCGUAGAAGAGUUUAUUUAUCGAGUAGAUAGGAUGACACAGACUACACUGGGAGGACAGUACGAAUUGUUGUCUUUGAACGCUCAUAUGCUUUUUGAAGGAAAAGCUUUACAGUGGUUCUGGCGGUACCAUCAUCUCAAUAGAAUAGUUGAAUGGUCUAGCCUAUCGGUAGCAUUGAGAACUCAGUAUAGGGAUUACUACAAUGAUUAUGAUGUCAAGGACGAUAUACGUCAACGCAGGCAAAGAGCUAACGAGACUUUUGAUGACUUUUAUGAUGCCAUGUUGACGUUGUCAGAUAAACUUAGCACUCCUUUGUCGGAUGAAGAAAUGUGUGAGGUGGUGAUGCGUAAUUUAAGAUCAGAGAUACGACACGAGUUGUUGCAUUUGAAUUUCAGACAUGUAUCUGAUCUAAGGAAAGCGGUAAGAAAGCACGAAAAGUUCGUCCGUGACAUACAGGUUCGCAAAAAGUUAUAUCAGGGUCGAGAUAAGUUGCAAAUUGCAGAAGUGGAAGAGGAUUUAGAUCGGGAUAGUGAAACUGAAGAUGGUGCUGAGGUUUGUGGCAUUAAAGCUCAAUUGAAAUGUUGGAACUGUGAUUCUAUUGGACACGGAUACAAGGAUUGCACCAAGGAAAGACGCAUUUUCUUGUGGUGUUCAGGAAAACUCCCCAAUGGAUGUCCUUCGACAGAAGAAAGGACAUCCAUUAACUCGACAGCACAAAUAGAGAUUUUGCAACCAGUUUUACAUUUACCAGACAAGACAACUAACCAGACAAUACAAUUACCCUCGGAAUGUACGAACAUUAAUCAAGAACAACUUGGAAAUUCUAGGACUAAACGUAAUGCCAUUCGAAUGAGGACUUUUUGGAAGAGUUUAAAGAAAUUGAGACAAUAUGUGAUUUCGUCAAUUGUAACAUUACAAGCUGACACAAGACCUUAUUUGCCGCUUACAGUUUGUGGACAAUUAUACUUUGCGUUACUCGACAGUGGGGCGAACAAGAGUGUUAUUGGUGGCUCCUUAGUUGAAAAGGUUCGCACGCUUCAAGGGUUUAAGAAAUAUCGAGGCGUCGUAAGGACAGCAGAUGGUCAAGGUCAGGAGAUUGUGGGUAUAGUGAAUUUAGAGUUUUACCAUCAAGGGGAGAUGUGUGUGUUUGAAUUUUUGGUUAUACCAACUAUCAACCAAGAUAUCAUUUGUGGCAUUGACUUUUGGAAAAGGUACAACAUAUCGAUUUCUGCUCAAGGCGCUAAUAGUGAGAUUGGUCCAGAAAAUGACAAGGCAGAAAUAGAAAAUAGAAUUGAAUUAUCAGACAUUCAGAGAAAGAAGUUAGAAGCCGUUAUAGAACUUUUUCCAAAUUCAGAUAGGGAUGGUUUGGGUCGAACUACUUUGGUCAGACAUGAAAUUGAUACUGGAGAUGCGAAGCCGAUAAGACAGCGAUGUUACCCGAUAUCUCCUGCUAGGGAGAAGAUAUUGUGUGGGGAAAUAGAUCGGAUGAUAUCUUUAGGAGUGAUUGGGGAGUGUCCUAAUUCCUCUUGGUCGUCUCCAGGUGUGCUUUUAGUGAAACCCGAUAAAGUAAGAUUUUGUGUAGACAGUCGCAAACUCAAUGCAGUGACUGUAAGAGAUUCGUAUCCUAUGCCAAAUAUUGAAGGCAUUCUGUCUAGGCUACCUGAAGUGCAUUAUAUAUCGAAAGUUGACCUCAAAGACGCAUUCUGGCAAAUUGAGUUAACAGAGGGAUCGAGGCCGAAGACGGCAUUUACAGUGCCGAACCGACCGUUGUAUCAAUUUGUCAGAAUGCCAUUCGGACUUUGCAAUGCACCGGAGACGAUGUGCAGACUAAUGGAUAUGGUAAUACCCUAUUCUAUGACAUCCAAUAUCUUUGUAUAUUUAGACGACUUGUUAAUAGUGUCUACGAACUUCCAGGAUCACUUAAGGCAUCUACAGGAAUUAGCGGCUCGCCUGCGACAAGCUGGUCUCACUAUUAAUGUGAAGAAAAGUUGUUUUGCUAUUAAAGAAGUUAAAUAUUUAGGCUACAUCGUAGGCGAAGGCUCUUUGUCAGUAGAUCCUGAGAAGGUGGAAGCAAUAUCGAAUUUUCCUGCACCUACUUCAGUGCGACGUUUAAGACAAUUCUUAGGAAUGAUAGGAUGGUAUAGGAGAUUUAUUGAGGAUUUUUCCACUUGCUCCUAUCCACUAACCGAACUGUUGUCGAAGAAACGGUCAUUUGUUUGGUCUAAGCAAGCGCAGGAUUCGUUUGAUUUGCUGAAGACGAAAUUAUGUAGUGCACCCGUCCUUGUUAAUGCAGAUUUCUCAAAGCCAUUUGUACUACAGUGCGACGCAAGUACAGUUGGUGUAGGAGCUGUUUUGGCACAGGUGGAUAAUGCGGGUAAUGAGCGGCCUAUAGCUUUCAUGUCGCAGAAAUUAAAUAAAGCUCAAAGAAAUUAUACAACUACCGAACUGGAGUGUCUAGCGGUGGUGUUAGCCGUGAAAAAGUUCCGAGCAUAUAUAGAGGGUCAGGAAUUCAAGGUGGUUACUGACCACGCAAGUCUUAAAUGGCUUAUGAGGCAGACUGACUUGUCUGGAAGACUUGCGAGAUGGGCACUGAAAUUGCAGGCUUUCGACUUUUCUAUCGAACACAGGAGCGGUAAGGACAAUGUGGUUCCGGACACGUUAUCUCGAGCUUUCGAGGCAGAAAACAAAGUUGCUGAAAUUGAUUUAGAGGUGGAACCAGCGAUUGAUAUGGAUUCCGAGGCGUUCGAUAGUGUGGAGUAUUCAAAAUGGAGGGAAGAUUUCCUAAGAUCUGGAAUUCCUGACUAUAAAAUAGAUGGAAAUCAUAUAUAUAGAAAGACUAAAUUUACGAGAGUGUGCGACAAAGAUGAAGUUCCACUGAAAAAGUUGGUGACAAAACCAAUAGUGGAUUACUUACAGAAGGAAAUCUUCGAUAGUUACGGGGUUCCAGAGGUAGUAGUCUCAGACAAUGGAACUCAAUUUAAAUGCAAGGCAUUUCAGGCAUUUCUAAAUAAAUACGGCGUUAAACAACAAUUUACCGCAAUCCAUAGUCCACAAGCGAACGCGAGUGAACGUGUGAACCGGUCUAUUAACGCUGCGCUACGUUCAUAUAUAAAGGAUGAUCAAGGAAAAUGGGACCAAUACUUGAGUAGUAUAAAUUGUGCUUUGCGAAAUAGUGUGCAUCAAACUAUAGGUAUGACACCUUACGAGGUAGUGUUUGGUCAAUCGAUGAUCACACAUGGGGAAGAUUACAAUUUACUGUGGAAAUUGAAAAUACUUGAGGAUGGUGAUUCGCAAAUGCCGAGAAUGGAUAAGUUUAGCCUAUUGCGUGACAAAAUUCAGAAGAAGAUGAGAGAAGCCUACAGAAAGAAUGAGAGGACAUAUAAUCUUAGAUCACGUAAUAGAAAGCUUGAUAUUGGUCAAGAAGUUGUACGUAGAAAUUUCCCUCAGAGCUCACGCAUCAAAAACUUUAGUGCAAAACUGGCUCCUACGGGAGUAAAGGCAAUAGUGAUCAGGAGAGUUGGAAACGCAUACUAUGAAUUAAGAGAUGUGUCUACAGACUUGAAACGUUAA